AUGGAUCAACUAAAAAAUCAGCUUUCAAAUCUGAAAAUAAGCUAUGAAAAUACAGACAAUAGACGUGAAUUAGUAUCUUUGCUAGAAGAUGCUUUAUCACAGAAAAUAGAAAAUACAGAAAAUCAAAUACUAUCUACCGAUAUGUUGGAUUCAAACGAAGAAAUAAGGUUGGGCACUAAAGGAAAAUCAAAAAUUUGGAAAAAAAGGGAGGUGGUAAAAGAAUUAGUAAAGUACAUUAUAGUACUUCUGGAGGGGUAUUUUUUAGCAGGAAAUUUAAAUAAAAGUGAUAGAUAUAGCGUGCAGGAAAUGUGGAAUGAACUUACGAAAUUGGCGGAGAAAGAACAUUAUUCUGUAUCACUUAAAAAAAAAAUCCCGGACAGAUUCUGGAUGUAUUUAUAUCGAUAUUGGUUUAAAAACUUGAUUUAUGAUUACUAUCUUGUACAAAGGGUAAAAAUGUAUAUUCAUCUGGUUGAUUUAGAUGAAUAUCAUGGAGGAUUGGGAAAAGGUCAUGAUGGUGGUAGUGACGAAGAAAAAAAUGUUUUUAUUGGCUGGAAUCAUGAUCUAAAAGAAAAGUCAGUUAAUAUUAAUUCGAAUAUGUGUUGA